GCGACUGAGAUUCAUCAACUUCCUCGCCUACCCCCUCGUCACAGAAUCAUUGACUUGCCACGUCUUCUGGGCCGUGGUCUACACCAAGGAUACUGACGACUGGGCACGGUUGGACUCAGGCUUCCCCUUCCUCCAUAACAAACAUUGUCUAUCUAGUCUCCUAUCUUCCUAUCGACCGUCCAUCCUGUCGAAUCUCACCCGCGUCUCGCAUACACCAUGGAGCAACAGCUCCUGUCCCUGCUGGCAGACACUCAGUCGUCGGCUGCCGAUACGAGAAAGGCCGCGGAACUCCAGCUUCUCCGCCUUUACCAGGACGAAAACUUCCCUCUCACACUUGCCGCCAUUGCCUCUCACGACUCCGUCCCUACAAACCUCCGCCAGUCUGCCCUUUCCGUGCUGCGGGCCUUCAUCGCCGCUGCCUGGUCCCCUACUCUGGAUGAGUUCAAGGGCACUAUCCUUGUCACCGAUGAGAACAAGGCUCAGCUUCGACAGGCGCUGUUAAACUUGGCGACCGUUACCGAAACAGGAGAACGCAAGGUCAAGUCGUCUGCCAGCUAUGCCGUCAGCAAAAUCGCCAGCGCCGAUUUCCCCGAACAGUGGCCAGAGCUCUUGCCAGCGCUGCUCCAGAUCAUAAAUGAUGGAAAUAGCAGCGCCAGUGCCCUCCAUGGUGCCCUGAAGGUUCUGUUGGAUCUUGUGGAUACUGGGUUCAGCGAAGAGCAGUUCUUCAAUGUCGCUAGAGAACUCGUCACCACCCUCUGUGAUGUGGCCAAAAAUGAAUCGAGAAAGCCGAUGUUGAGGGCCUUGGCUGUUGCCGUUUUCCGCGCCUGCUUUGAUACGUUGGAAAUGGUGCUUGAGCAGCAUAAGGUGGAGGUCAAAAAUUUCAUGGACGAAGUGCUGAGUGCCUGGUCUCCUUUCUUCCUCUCGACCCUGGAGGCCCCUCUGCCCCAGGCUCCUGAAGAACAAGAGGAAUCCAAAGACGGCGAGAUUGUCUCCCAAUGGCGGGGCGUCAUUGGGUUGAAAUUGCAGGUGGUCAAGACUUUGAUGAAGAUUCGCAUGGUCUUCCCUGGUCUUUUGACCGCCCAGAGCCCCGUGUACUUUUCAACCAUCUGGACUGAGUUGUCCAACAUCCUACCUGCAUACCAUGCAUUCUACAUCGAGGAUGAAAGACAGGGCCGUUUGGAAGAUGUGGAUGGACUCCCCUAUACGCUGGACUUCUUGGUUCUGGAAGAACUGGAUCUCAUUCAGACGCUCUUGAAGGCCCCCCCAGUCAAGGCAGAGCUUCAACAGCAGCUCCAAAACGCUGGGCCAAAUGCGGCAAACGCCAGUUGGCUGACUGAAAUCCUGAAGUUGGCGGGCUCCUAUGCUCAAAUCACCUGUGAAGAGGAAUAUUUGUGGGAUAUCGAUGUGAACCUCUUUCUCUCGGAGGAGACCUCGGUUACUGCAAACUACACCCCCCGUACAUGCAGCGGAGAUUUGGUGAUAAAGCUUGGCGAAUGGCUCAAGAAUGUCAACGUCGAGGGUAUGCACGCUUAUUCGAAUGCCGUGUUCUCCGACCCAUCCUCUACAUGGAAAACUCGAGAAUCAGCUCUCUUCCUUCUCAGCCAACUUCUCCGAGACUUCGUCGAGGUUUCCCACCAGAUAGCCCCUGCACUGGCUCACGGCUUUAGCAACCUUGUCCAGUAUUCCAUCCAGCAGCCCGAUGAGUUUCUGCGAGCGCGCGGGUAUCUCGUGGCCGGAAUUCUAUGCCAGGUCGCAGACUCGUCUUUCCAACAAACCGCUGUCACUUAUCUCGAGGCCACUCUGAAGGCAAUCUCUGAAGAUGAUUCCGAGGUAGUCAAAGUUUCCUGCAUUCGAGCACUGCAGGAUUUCAUGAUCGCAAUUCCUGGGAGCGUCGCCAUUCCUCUCCAGGCCGCCAUCAUCUCAGCUAUUUCCGACUUUGUAUCCGCCCAUGACCUUUCCGAGCCAUCUGACGGUGAUGAUCUGAAGGUAACCAUUGCAGAGACCCUUCGCGAUGCGAUCAUGAUCGACUCGAGUAUUGUCACAUCCUCCAGUGCCAUCGACGUUCUGUUAAAUGUUGCCAGCAGCGGGGCUACCAAUUUCCAGCUGACUAUGAUUGUCACCGAAGCAUUCGAGGAUAUCGUCGAAUCGGUUGCCGAGAACGGCCAGGAGUCUUUCGUUCGUCUUUGCGAGAAAGUCCUUCCUUCCCUGACCGGCGCUAUUGAUGUCGGCAGUCUAACCCAAGAGAACGCCCUGACCAUUUUUGCAACUGAUCUUCUGCGGGCUCUUGCAGAAGGGGGCCUGGAGCCUCUUCCAGCCGGUUUCGUGGACACUGUCAUGCCCAAGUUGAACCGCCUGCUGCUGGAAUCGACUGACGGAGAGUUGAUUCGUCCCGCCACCGACGCAGUCCGCUCUAUGCUCUCCCAUGACUUCAACCAAUUUGUUGUCUGGAGAGACCCACAGAGCGGAAAGGAAGCGAUCGAGGUAACUCUGGUGAUCAUUGACCGACUGCUCGGGCCCUCUCUGGAUGACAAUGCGGCGGCGGAAGUCGGGCAAUUGGCUGCAGAGCUGGUGGAAAAGGCAGGAUCGGAACGUCUUGGACCUUAUCUGCCGCAACUCCUCCGGGCCGUUGCCCAACGACUUGUCACCGCAGAACAGGCCCAGUUCAUCCAGAGUCUUAUUCUCGUCUUUGCCCGGUUGACUCUGAUCAGUGCGCACGAAGUUGUUGAGUUCCUCGCCCAGGUUGACAUCGGUGGCCAGAGUGGACUACCCAUUGUGCUCAGCAAGUGGCUGGAAAAUUCGGUGAACUUUGCUGGGUAUGAUGAAAUUAAACAGAAUAUCAUCGCUCUGGCAAAGCUGUUCUCCUUGGACGAUCCUCGCCUGUCUCAGGUACAGGUCAAGGGUGAUCUCAUCAUUCAGGACACGGGCCGCAUCAAGACCCGCUCUCAGACCCGCAAGAACCCCGAUCAGUACACGAUGGUGUCAGCUCCCCUGAAGAUCGUCAAGGUCCUGGUCGAGGAGUUGGCGGCUGCGUCUGGCAACAAAGAGAUCGAUGCGGCCACCGCGGCUGCUCUGGAAGAGGAAGCCAGCGACGACGAUGACGAAUGGGAGGAUCUUCCGAGCAACACCCUCGACCUGAAUCUGGGGGUCACGAAGCAGGAGUUGAUGGCAUUUGGCGAGGGCGGUUCAGAAUCGGUGUUCGGGGUGCGCAAGAGGGACGACGAGACACAGAGUUUCUUGCUGGACUUCUUCCGCCAAGCAGCCAAUAAACCUGGUUUCCAGGAGCUCUACGCCGCCUUGACUCCGAGCGAGCAGGAGAAGCUGCAGACCUUGAGCUGAUCGGGCUGUCCGGGUGGUGGGCUGAUGCAAGCAAGCAUAUUAUGAACCUUUCUUUUAUUUUUUUCCCCUUAGAUUCCCCGAACCCGAUCCUGAUGGGCACUGAAAAUUAUGAAUAAACGUGUGAAAUGCUAGUUAAAGACUUUUAAUGAUUGAACCUACAGUACAUACCGGUAGGUUGCAUAGGUACGAACAGGUGGGAUCGGUCGUCGCAAUGAAUACCAGUACAGCCGAGUAUCUCCUUGGGGGCUAUCCAGCCACGAUAAUAUACUUGCCUACUUAGCUCCGUGUAAGAACCAUACCCACCACCCACCUGAAGACUAAGGCACAUCCACCCAAUAAGUAGGUAGGUACCUAGAUACUUGGUCGGCCGACCGGAACCCUCCGAGGGCG